AAGAAAGAACAAAAAUAUCAACAAUUGAUUUUUGAAUGAGUGAACUGUGAAGUUUAAAAUUUAAAUGUAUUUUACACUGUUUGCACUCACUUUUCAUAAUAACACAUUCUCCAAUCCAAACACAGCCUUAGAUCUGAGAAUUCACUCUCCAAUACCCAAACCCAUUUCCUACCUUCUUCACUGUAAGUCAAAAUCAAAUUCAGUGUUUUUCUUCUUCAUUUUCUGUUUUGUUCCCGAGAAAAUAAAAAAAAAAUAAAAAAUUUGAAUACUCGAACCACCUUCUGUCUUUUUCAACUCAUUUGAUUCGAUUUUUCCAUUCUUUUUUCUCUUCCAGGGUUUAGAAAAAUUGGGGAAAUUUUGUGUUUUGUUGGGAAUUGAAGAAUUAUUAGUAAAGGUAGAAACUUUGUCUGGUAGUGAAAAUUGGGAUCGAAAAAAAAUGGUUUUUUGGGAAGAUUAUGUGAGUGAUGAGUCGAUGGGUACAUUUGCUCCGAUUGUGGUUUAUUGGUUAUAUGCUGGGUUUUAUCAGUUGAUGCCACCUUUGGAUAAUUAUCGAUUGCAUACAAGAAAAGAGGAGGAACAACAGAGCAAAUCAGUGCCUCUCUCUUCUGUGGUCAAAGGUGUUUUGCUUCAACAGCUUGUUCAGGCAACCGUUGCUCAGGCACUCUUCUUGGUCACGUCCAAGGCAAAUGCAUCGGGAGUAACCAUUCAACCCUCCCUCGCAGUUCAGAUAGUGCAGAUUAUUGUUGCAAUGUUUGUCAUGGACACAUGGCAGUAUUUCGUGCACCGUUAUAUGCAUUACAACAAGUUUUUGUACCGCCAUGUCCACUCACAACACCACAGACUAAUUGUCCCAUAUGCUAUCGGAGCCCUUUACAACCACCCCCUCGAGGGCCUCUUACUCGACACUUUCGGUGGGGCCCUUUCAUUUCUAGUCUCGGGGAUGACUGCAAGGACAGCAGUCAUUUUCUUCAGCUUUGCGGUGAUUAAAACCGUCGAUGAUCAUUGUGGACUCUGGUUACCAGGUAAUAUCUUUCAUCUGUUCUUCCAGAAUAACACUGCUUAUCAUGACAUUCACCAUCAAUUACAAGGCUUAAAGUACAACUAUUCUCAGCCAUUCUUCCCAUUAUGGGAUAAACUUCUGGGCACUUAUAUGCCAUACAAUCUGGUAAAAAGACCCGAAGGGGGUUUCGAAGCGAAACCAAUUAAAAGAGAGUAGUAGUUUGAUUUUUUCGUCUCUUUUAAACAUUUGUCCUGAUAUCGAUUCAAGCUCUCUCCCUUCUAAUAGGAAAAUUGAUGAGGCUUUGUUUUAGAGACUCAAGCAAGGGAUUGAAUAGAGUUCAUAUUCCAUUUUUGGUUGCUUGAUAAUGUGUAUGUGUUCUUCUUUUAUGUGCUUUGUAAUUGUGAUAUUUAUUCACUGUGUAGUAUAUUAUUAAUUUCUAUGUUGAUUUGACAAUUAGAUUACAGGGUCAGGUUGUUGGAGAAUCAAUUUAUUGUACUUGUAGUUUUGUAUGUUGAUUUAUAUUAAUUAUGCUACUUAAAUUGUUUGAUGGCCUCUUGAGGCUAUUAUGACUAAA